AUGGCUUCCAUCGCACCGGUUGAACUGCCGCUGCCGGCCCUCACUGAGGGCUGGAGCGCCGACAAGGACUUCAAGGCCAUUGGCAAGCUGUCUGGUGCCACCCAGCGCAGCAUCGAGCCUGUUGGCCCUCACUUCCUCGCCCACGCCCGCCGUGCCCGCCACAAGCGCACCUUUUCCGAGGAUGACCGCAUCCAGGCCCAGGAGAGCGCCAAGAAGACCGAGGACGUCGAGGAGAGCGAGGAGGAAGAGGAGGAGGACCCCAUGCUGCUGCAGCGCGAGGCCAAGGACUGGAAGACCCAGGACCACUACAAGAUUCUCGGUCUCUCCAAGUACCGCUGGAAGGCCACCGAGGAGCAGAUCAAGAAGGCCCACCGCAAGAAGGUCCUGAAGCACCACCCCGACAAGAAGGCCGCCUCUGGUAAGACCGAGGACGACCAGUUCUUCAAGUGCAUCCAAAAGGCCACCGACAUCCUCCUCGACCCCACCAAGCGUCGCCAGUACGACUCUGUCGAUGAGGAGGCUGAGGUCGAGCCUCCCGGCAAGAAGCAGCUCGCUAAGGGCGACUACUACAAGCUGUGGAGCAAGGUCUUCAAGUCUGAGGGCCGCUUCUCCAAGACGCACCCCGUCCCCUCGUUUGGCGGCGCCGACGCCACCAAGGAGCAGGUGGAGGAAUUCUACAACUUCUGGUACAACUUUGACAGCUGGCGCUCCUUUGAGUACCUCGACGAGGAUGUUCCCGACGACGGCGAGAGCCGCGACCAGAAGCGCCACGUCGAGCGCAAAAACACCAACGCCCGCAAGAAGAAGAAGGCCGAGGACAACAGCCGUCUGCGCAAGCUCGUCGAUGAUGCCCAGGCCGGCGACGAGCGCAUCAAGCGCUUCCGCCAGGAGGCCAGCGCCGCCAAGAACAAGAAGCGCUUCGAGCGCGAGGCCGCUGAAAAGGCCGCUAAGGAGGAGGCCGAGGCCAAGAAGGCUGCCGAGGCCAAGGCUGCCGCCGAAGCAGAGGCCGCCGCCAAGGCCGACCGCGAGAGCUCCAAGAAGGCCAAGGAGGCCGCCAAGAACGCCGUCAAGAAGAACAAGCGCGUGCUCAAGGGCUCCGUCAAGGACGCCAACUACUUUGCCGCCGGUGGUGAUGCGAGCGCCGCUCAGAUUGACGCUGUUCUCGGUGAUGUCGAGCUUGUCCAGGGCAAGAUUGAUCCCGAUGAGAUUGCCGCCCUUGCUGGCCAGCUCAACGGCCUGACGGUCGCCGACAAGAUCAAGGCUGUCUGGACCGCCGAGGUCAAGCGUCUUGUGGAUGCCGGCAAGCUCAAGGACGGCGAGGUCAAGAGCCUUGCCUAA